UCGUAGUGAUAGGUCUGCUGUCCCUGCGAGGAGGACUACAUUUCCCCAAAGCCUGCGAAACCACGCGAUCACUAGCCGGAAGGAGUCGCUACACGAGGUACUUGGAGUGAGAGGCCCCGAGUCUGAGUUACCCGAGCUGGGGUCAGCGCGAUGCCUAAAGCCAAGGGGAAGACUCGGAGGCAGAAGUUCGGUUAUAAUGUUAACAGGAAGCGUCUGAACCGGAAUGCUCGACGGAAGGCAGCGCCGCGGAUCGAAUGCUCCCACAUCCGACAUGCCUGGGACCAGACCAAAUCGGUGCGGCAGAACCUGGCCGAUAUGGGUUUGGCUAUGGACCCCAACAGGGCAGUGCCCCUUCUCAAGAGAAAGGUAAAGGCCCUGGAAGUGGACAUGGAGGAGAGGCCUAAGGAGCUCAUGCGGAAGCCCUAUGUGCUCAAUGACCUGGAGGCAGAAGCCAGCCUUCCAGAAAAGAAAGGAAAUACGCUAUCUCGGGAUCUCAUUGACUAUGUUUGUUACAUGGUGGAGAACCAUGGGGAGGACUAUAAGGCUAUGGCCCGGGAUGAGAAGAAUUACUAUCAAGAUACCCCAAAACAGAUUCGGAAUAAGAUCAACGUCUAUAAGCGUUUUUACCCAGCGGAGUGGCAAGCCUUUGUCGAUUCUUUGCAAAAGAAUAAGAUGGAGGUUGAGUGACUGGUUUACACCUGCCCAGGUUGAGGCUUCCUCCUGGACCAGAGAAGCUGGAGCCAGGGUUUAAGGCAAGGAGAGGUGUGCGGCUACAGAUGAGGCU